AUGGCACAGGCUCAAAUAGUCGCCUCUCAAUCGGAACCUUCCGAUCGAAAUUAUCUUCCAUCCAUUUCGAAUGGUUAUGUCGGAACAGUUAUUGAGAGUGAUGAUGUCUUUAUGGGUGGAGUCUACGUCGGACAAGAGGUCCUUUUAGACAAGUUGAUUGGUUUUCAUUCGAGAAGAGCUCGAAUUCCAUCCAUGAUGAAGAUUCAUGUCGUGGUUGUGUCUGGAAAGGAUCAUGUGUCAUUCAAGACUUUACAUGAUUCAAAUCAUGGUGACAAUACUGUUGAAGGUUCUAGAUCGAAUUCUGAUUUUUCAGUGAAUGUGACAGCAUUGCAAAUGGUUGGUGCUGCUUUGGAUAUGGAGAGAGGAAUGUAUUCGAGAAGAUUUGUGAGUGCGUCACCACCACGUCAAGAUGAUGAAGAGUCACUUCAAGUGGAGCAACGUUUUUAUGCUCAUCGAGUGUUUCGAUCAUUACUGGUGCAUCAAUUGGAGAUUGAUAAUAGUCGUGGUGUGAAUAGUGUUCAGAUUGGACUCUCUCAACUUGCAUCGACACCAAGUAAGGAUAUUUCAUUUAGUGAAGUGACAUGCCCAAUCGCAUAUCCGAAUAUUAUGUGUCAAGUUGGAGAAUUAGUUCAAUUGGAGACACCAGAAUCGGAACGUGUCAGAGUUGCAUUUGUGACAUCUGUAAUUUCCUCUUCUUUGCCAAUUCAAGUGAAGGCACACUCGAAAAACAUUGUCACACACCUUACUGCUCUUCGAUCGACUCUUGAUUCGGUGGAUCCACUGGUAGAGGCAGCACAUGAUUUUAUGAAAGCAAUUUCUAUGGAUCCACAACAAUUAAUGAAUCAUCACACUCAAGAAUGGGCAAAAUUAUGGGAGAGCGGAAUUGAGCUGGGAGGAAAUGUCUCUCUGGCUGCAACUGUGAAUAGUACCUUGUAUUACAUGUUGAGUGCAACAAGGAAAGAUUAUCAUUGGGGUAUUUCACCAGGAGGAGUUGCAACAAAUUCCUACAAUGGACUCAUGUUUUGGGAUCAAGAAUGUUUUGUUUUACCUUCUCUCGUGUACUUGUAUCCAGAACUUGCUCAUGGUCUCAUUGAAUAUCGAUUUGAGAGACUUCAACAAGCACUGCAACAUGCUCAACGAUAUGGCUAUUCUGGUGCCAUGUAUCCUUUCCAAUCCGGGUACAGUGGAAGAGAAGUUGAUUUAAUUGCAUUAUUUAAUGAAUUGGAACAGCACAUCACUGGUGACAUUGCUUUCGCUCUUCAACUCUAUUGGCAAUUGACCAAAGAUUUGAAUUGGCUUUCAACUCGAGGUUAUCCAAUCGCUUCUGAAAUUGCAAAAUUCUGGGCAAGUCGUGUCACUCGAAAUACAUUUGGACUCUAUGAGAUUCAUCGAGUGGUUGGCCCUGACGAAUUCGGCAUUGGAUUUCCAUGGUAUAGUGGAGUUGAUAAUAAUGUUUUCACAAAUGUUGUCGCUCAAAUUUCUCUGCGUUUUGCAAAUAAGGCUGCACGUGCCCUUCAAAAACAAGUCGUCCCAUUGUAUGAUACAAUUGCCAAUAACAUGACCAUUCUAUUCGAUGAAGUGAAUCAGAUUCAUCCAGAAUAUGAUGGUUUUCCAAAGGGAAAUAUUUAUUUCUUUGAGUAUGUGAAACAAGCAGAUGUUGUCUUGUUAGGCUAUCCUCUCAUGUUCGAAAUGCCACCUCAUGUCAGGUACAAUGACAUUAGAUAUUAUGAAAAAUACAUGUGGUCAGAAGGACCUGCAAUGACGUAUUCUAUGCAUUCUGUGACCUAUUUGGACUUGAAAAAUUAUACAUUAGCAGCGGAGGCCUUCAGAAAAUCUCUUCUUAACAUUCAUCCUCCUUUUAAUAUCAUUUCAGAGACACCAGAUCCUUAUAAACAUUUUCUAGAUAUGGGAUCUUUUAAUUUCUUGACUGGUGCAGGUGGAUUUUUACAAAGUGUUCAAAACGGUUAUGGAGGUUUAAGAGCAAAUGAUGAUUUCCUGUUACUAAAUCCACAACCAUUCACUCAACUCAAUGUGACGAGCAUGAAAUUACGAGGAGUACAUUAUGUGGGUGGUAAAUUUGAUUUAUUUUUUGAUGGCACUAAGGCAACCAUUACUGUCACGCAAUUACCAAUCAAUCGAACUUGCUUUAUAAUUGAGGAUUCGUUUGGAUCCAAGAAGGAAAUUGGCCCAAAUCGACCCAUCUCCUUUAUUCCUCCUGCAAAACUUUUUUAA